ACAAGCAACUGGGAAAGGCCGAGGAGAACAAGAUGACGACAGUCAGCGACUUGGCGAAGAUGAUCAACAUGAUGAACGACAUCCAGACAACUACACUGUACGCCACUAUGGCAGCCUACUUCAACGAGGAAGACCCGUCGUUCUUCAAUUCGCAGGUUAGGGGUGGCAUCUGGCUCAAGCCGGCUGCGGAGAGCUUCACUUCCCUCAAUCUCACCAACACGAUGAGGCAGAUUUUCUAUGGCGGCCUCAUUCAGCAAUCAUGGAACGCCAACCCUACAAUGAAUCCUGUUGUGGUGAUGGCCGACGGCGAAGAUGCAAUCACCAACCCGUUUGCUUGGAAGGGUGGUUCGAACGGCCAUCCGGAGACCUUGGACAAGAGUGAUGUCGAUGCAAGGCGUCACCUUGACGAGGGCAAGACAUUCUUCCUCGUUGGAGUUACCAACUGUCAGAACUGGUAGACUGACGACGGUAUCCCCGACUACGUUUGCAACGAGGAUGCAUUCCAAGGACUACCUGGCAUCUCCGCGCUCGAUGGUGAAUCUUCGGAUUGGGAAUCCCUUGCUGCGACCGACGUUAUCAUCAGCACAUACUCAGCCUACAAGUCGAAUGGCAAUGCCAACGGAUACAACAUCUCAGAGAGCAACGAUAACAAGCAGAAGGAUUCAAAUGGCAACAAACAGGCGACACUGUACCCGGAGGGCGUCAGAACUCCCGGAGUCUUCUCCAUCCCCGUCUGCGACUACGAGACUGCCUAUAGGAACUUUGUGGCUGUUGGAGGAUGGUAUCAUGGUCCGUACGACAAGUGCGAAAACUACCCUUGCUGUUCUUGUGAAGAGCUUGGAAUGAAGUGCGACGACUAGCUUCGUGGCCGCACAGUAAGCGGAUUGAAUAAUUCCCUCAGCCUUCAGGAUUCAUGUGUGGGUGGCACUUUGUCACGUCU